GAUUGACAGCCUCCCCGUAAAGUGUCAAUAAAGUUGUCUUUGAGAGCGGCAGCAAGAUGGCAGCCUCCAUGUUGAGGGUUGCCAUGGGGAGCCGGGCCUUCAGCUCGGGAGUCGAGGACGCCCUGUGGAAGUUGGGCCGCCUCAACCAUGUAGCGAUCGCGGUGCCGGAGGUAGAGAAGGCCCGCUGCUUCUACCGGGACGUGUUGGGGGCCCAGGUCAGUGAGCCGGUGCCCUUGGCUGAGCACGGGGUCGUCACCGUCUUCGUCGAGUUGGGCAACACCAAACUGGAGCUGCUGGAGCCGUUGGGCCCUGAGAGCCCGAUCCGCGGCUUCCUGCACAAACACCGAGACGGAGGCCUGCACCACAUCUGCAUCGAGGUGGACCAGCUGAGCGCCGCCAUCCAGCGGCUCCGGGAGCUCCGUGUCCGCACCCUGAGCCCCGACGCUCGGAUCGGAGCCCACGGCAAACCCGUCAUCUUCCUCCAUCCCAAAGACUGCGGCGGGGUCCUGGUGGAGCUGGAGGAGGCCUGAGGAGGGACGAUUGGGGACCGAUGGUGAAAUAAAAACCUCUCCCUUCCUCAGCCCAACGGCUGGACAACCUGAAACUGACCUGAUAUCGACACCCGGGAGUGAAACUGACCCCAACCCGACCUUGUCUGUCUGUAAAGGCUGCUUAGGAGCAGACACCACCCGGGAGCGACUUCUUCUGAUCACCAAGAGAAAGAGACUUCGCCUGCGUUUUGUUUCUAAUCUGCCUUAGACUAAAAACCGAAAUCAGUGACGGCCAAACCCCGUUCACCAAACCUUUAAAGGGUCAGAAGUUAAUGGUACUGAGUGGAAUAAGCCACGAGAGAACCUUGUUACACCUUGUCAUCUCAGAUUCUCCAGCAUCGGCAGUUCUUACUAUCUCUGUAACAAGGGGAGUGAGAUAUUUACUCCAUGUCCCCUGCGCACUUCCUUGCUCUUGGUCUUUACAUUUAAACUUCGGAUUCUAUUCCUUCCUUUCCUUUCAGCAUGAAUAAAGGGCAGGGAUGUGUGA